GCAAUUUUCAUGUAAAAAGGUGAUACUGCUGCUGUGGAGGGCCUACCUGGUGUUCGCGGGAACAAAGGGGAACCGGGAGACCGUGGCCCAAAAGGGAUGGAAGGAGAAAAAGGUGACAAAGGAGAUCAAGGCAUCUCUGGAGAAAAGGGAGUGAGAGGUGAACAAGGUGAAAAAGGGUCAUCAGGAUUUCCAGGAGCACGAGGUCCUGGUGGGCAAAAGGGAGAAGUUGGUGAGUCAGGAGAGCCAGGAGAGCCGGGGCAGCCUGGAAAGGAUGGUAUCCCAGGAUCCAGAGGGGAGAAAGGAGACAUGGGGCCUUUUGGAAUGCGUGGUUCAAAGGGGGAUCGAGGAAUGAAAGGUGCCUGUGGCCAGGAUGGAGAUAAGGGGGAGAAGGGAGAACCAGGGCUGCCAGGUCGAAUGGGACUUCCCGGGAGGAAGGGUGAGCCCGGUGAAACAGGGAUGUCUGGAGCCCCAGGAAUCCCUGGGAAAGAAGGCCUCAUAGGACCCAAGGGCGACAGGGGAUUUGAUGGGCAGCUAGGCUCCAAAGGAGAUCAUGGAGAGAAAGGUGACAGGGGUGCACCAGGUGCUAUUGGCUCCCCAGGACCCAGAGGCAAUGAUGGACCUCCAGGCUCUCCUGGGCCCCCUGGAAACAUUGGUCCAAAAGGUCCAGAAGGCAUUCAAGGGCAAAAGGGUGAAAGAGGGCCCCCGGGAGAAUCAGUUUUAGGAUCUCAAGGAAUUCCAGGUAUCCCUGGAGAAAGAGGACAGCAGGGAAAUCAAGGGCCUUUCGGGCCCAGAGGAGAUAAAGGAGAGCCUGGCAUGACGGAAGAAGAAAUCCGUCUGUUUGUUAGGUCGGAGAUGAGUCAGCACUGUGCUUGUGGAGGCCAGUUCUCUCCUCCAGAUACACGUGUCCUCCCCAACUAUCCAUCCACCCAACCAUUCCCGCCUGUUAAUGCUCAAAUAGUACCUGUGCUUACCUUGUCCCAUGCUGAGGAAGAGAAAGGGGACCAUGCACCAAAUAUAGUGAAUAUAAAUGAACCAGAAUAUGAGUACUUCUACACAGAGGACUAUGAAGAGAACCUGGAAGCAGAUGGGACAGAGAGUCCUUUGCUAAGGGAUGAAGUUAUGAGCCCAAAGACAGAUCCCAAACAUGGACAACAAAAGACUGAGCAAGCUGACCUAUGUGCAUUGUACUUGGAUGAGGGAGACUGCAACAACUACACAUUAAAGUGGUAUUAUAACAAAAAAGUAUCCGAGUGUCGACCCUUCAUCUACAGUGGCUGCAAAGGGAAUCACAACCGUUUCAACUCCAGGGAGGCCUGUGAGCAUCGAUGCAGAGCAAAUGGAUAGGAAGAAAAAUACAUGAAUUCUGAAAUGGGGCUCUUAUUCGGAUGGAGCGGAGGAAGUCACCAAAAGAAGAGAUUGCCAGACUUGCAGGUUGUGAAGGGGAAACCUAUUCUUAGCCUGCCAAGAUCUCAGAUAUACACACUUCCUUUGGUCAGAGACCCACCUUGUUGCCAUUUGUACUGCUUGUAGCACAAUUGUGUGUCUGUAUGUGUGUAGGCUGCUUCAGUUGGAGCAGAGAAAUGGUGCUAUUUUUUUAAAGAAAGUAUUUUUAUUGCUCUUGUUUUAUUUUUUAAAUUAAGGUGAAAUUUUUUUAUCAAAUGAAAAACAUAACCUCUUUUAUAUAUAAUAUAAAAAAGGAAAGACAUAUUUUAAUUAGAUGACACUUAACUUAUUUGAUGCUGGCCAACUGAUGACACAUGGAAUGUAUUAUAAUCAGACCAAACUGAUUCUCUUUGAAACUUGCUUUAAUUCAGACUUAUUGGCUCUAAGAGUCUCUUACAGUGAACUACCAAGUAAUUUGAUUUUCUCCUAGUCAAACUAAUACUCCCUUUCUGUAAUUAACAGAGUCUUGAGCACAAAUAGAAUUCCCAGGAUUCAUUGCCAAAACUAAGAUACUAUUGAUGUUUUUAAUGAAAAUAGCCCCUUCCAUCUCUGUCCCCUUGCUAAUUGUUAAUCCUUCUUGAUUGUCUCAUUUCUUACAAGAUUCUUUCCCGUAGCUGCCAAGCUUGGUGUUAUGCGCAUGUCCAUUUUUCAAACCCUGAUCUACUAGGAAUAAGGAUUUGGUGCUUGGAAGUGGCUAAUUGGAUGAGAAUUCUCCCUGAGUGCUAAGGACAUAAAAAGGAGGGAGAAUCCUCUUGCCCUUUUAAACAUCUGUCUGUUGUCAGUAGUGUAUGUUCAGGAGCUUUUUCAGAUAGACACAAUUUAGAACUGUUAUCCCACAGUCUAGAUGAAGUGGAUUUUUUAGAUAGCAGUACUAGGACAGCAACUGCUCUUGUUCCAUUUUCAUGAUCCCAUUUCAUUUGCUUUGUUUCAUACUGGCUCAUAGUUGUGACUUAAAUCUUAAGGGCUCUUCCAAGGGCUGUCCAUUGUUUUGUGACCAGAAGCCUAUUUUUUUAGAACCCAAAAUUAGAUACACAUAUUUCAAUCCAUGUUACAUGUUCAUAACAUAGCCAAUAUGGUUCUUUUCUCCAUUCAUUGCAUCCCUACAUAUAUCCCUGGCAGCAGAAACUUAUACUGGAUUAACCAAGAGCUGAACAUAAGACCCUUGUUCAUCCUAUGGCUGAAUUUGGAGGGGGGGUUAGUGUGUUCCUCUCAUUUAAAAGCAUAUGUUGCUUGAGUAUCUAAACUUUUUAAAGGCUCACCAAACCUUUCUACAAUUCUUUGAAAUCCAUAAACACAUAAACAGGGUCAUGUAGUAGGCUUAUGGUAGCAUUCUAAGAAUAGGUACACUUUUCUAAGUCCAGUGAUUCAGUGGACCCAGAAGGGUGUAAUUGUGCUAAGGAAGCCACUGUUGGGUUUAAAAAAAAUCUCUGAAAGGUUGGUGAGGCUGUUGUAACAGUGUUGUGUAUUUUGCUUAUUGCUUGGGGCUAAGGGACAUGCAGCUGUGAAACUGUACCCAGAAGAGUAACACUCCUUAUGUGUAAAUAUGAGUCCCCCAAAAUGAAUUCAUUUGAAGAAGUUUCACCUUAUUCCUAGCAAGAAAGCAAUAGCCUUCAAUAAUAUAUAGCAUAUUGGAGAACAUUACACAAAAAUCAGAGCACAUUUUUGUAUGGAUGGAUUCUGUAUGAAACAUCCAUUUUAAUUGUUUUUUUAAUAAUCUGCUGAACUAUAUUAUGGAAAUAAUCAGUGAAAUGCUGAGAAUGGUGCUAUGCUGUUAUUUUCCUACCACUAUAGCAUUUUACAAAGCUUUGCAAAGUUGUAUUUCAGCAUUAUUGUCCUGUCUCUACACCAAAGCCUGACAUCUCCCUAUCUUAGUCCUGCUUCUACCCAUCUCUUGUUUCAUCCCAUGGCCUCCUCUAUUAUGUAUGUCAAGUGCAAAUUCAGAUCUAUCAGCUUCUUAAAACUCUGUAAAAAAAAAGUGGGGGAAAUGGAAGCAACUGUAUAUACAACUACAUGGUGCUUGUACUGCUGUGAAGUACAUAAGAAUAAAUGUGAGAACCUGUGUGAA